AUGGAAUUUGUUGUUGCAUUAGCUUUUGUUGUGUUGGUUGCCGUCUUCUUUUUUUCUCUUUGGAUGCUUGUUGUUACUUGUCAAAGAAGAAAUAAUUAUAAAAAAAUGAUAAAGAUGCGACCCUCUCGAUUUUCAAGUUUAAAAAGUGGAAAUAAUGAGGAUGUUGCUCAACUUGGGCCGAAUAUGCUUAAAACUUUAAACGACAAUCAAUGGAUCGACGAUUUUGCUGCCGGAUUACUUCAGAAUUGUGUUGCCGUCCUUCGCCUUUGUCAUUCCCUAACUGAGCGUAUGCUUCCCUUAGAACAACAAAAAUCGAAUCCAUAUUCCCUUCAAAUUGACAAACUUAUUUGUGAGGCAAGUGGAAGAUUGAUGCCCAAUUUUGAGUCUUUGUUGUAUUCAAUGGCUGCCCAAAAUGUGGAUAUUCGUGUUUUGGAAGCGCGUGUUAAUUCGUUGGUCAGCGCUUCGUGGGCCUUGGCAAUGCCUAUUUGUUUGGCUAAUUUAAAACAAAAGGAGCCGUUAGAGGAGAUUUUGAAUGAAAUGAAUGGGCAUUUAAAACAACUUCAGAUUGCACUAGACCAAUUCGAAGAACAAGAAGAAAAACAACAAAUAGAAAAUUGUAAAAACGCAACAAAAUUUUCUUUGAGACUGCAAAACUUCAAUAAAACACAAAAUCAUAUUUCUGAGACUUCCUUCACAAAUUCAGAAAAUCCAGGAAUGUCUCAUGCUUGUGAAAAUGUUAAAAUCAGAAUUGGAAAUGAUGAAGAGCAAAUUUCUGCACUCCUUCCCUCCACUCCAGAACAAUUUGUGGAAGAAACGGCGCCUGCAGAUCCGGCAAUCACAAAAUGAAAAUUUUAACGGCUAAAUUAAAAGUAUAAUUUACUCCUUUUAAAAAAUUUUUUGGGCAUUCAGUCUGGGCCAGAUUUGAAAUUUUGGGGGUUUUCGUGAUUAUUCUUUAAGUGUACCUUCUUGGCAGGAUGUACAUCUCCGUCUCUGGAAGUCAGGGAAUUUGAGACUUCCCCUCCCCUUUGUAGCUGUGCGCAUUAUUUAAAGUUU